CGAACUGGUCUGGCUCUAAAAGUUAAACGCAAACCAGCAGAAUUCUCCGGUUGCGGCGUUUUUCUUCCCGCGCGGUGGAUCCGCGGCGCCACCUGCCGGUCAACGCCGGGCAGCGCAGCGCGGCAAACAAAGAUGGCGCCGCUCUGCUGAAACGGUACGGAAACGACUUCUACCGGAGAGGAACGCGGUCUAUUCUGCGUGAAACAGCGGCCGAAAACCAGGCCUCCGUGCGCCCGCGUCAUGUCCAGGCUGGCGGUGGUGUGCGGCGGCUCCCGGGGCAUCGGGGGGGCCGUGGCCCGCCUGCUGGCCGAGAGGGGGUGCAGGGUGGCCGUGGUCUGCAGGGGAGAGGAGGCCGCCCGGGCCGCCGUGGCGUCCCUGCGCGGAGUCGACCACGUGGCGCUCGGCUGUGACGUCUCCAAAGAGCACGAGGUCCAGAGGAGCUUCGAGACCAUCCAGAAGACGUGCGGGGACGUGUCUUACCUGGUGAACGCCGCCGGCGUCAACAGGGACGCUCUGCUGCUGAGGACCAAAGCGGACGACAUGAUGUCCGUGCUGCACACCAACCUGCUGGGCAGCAUGCUGACCUGCAGGGCGGCGCUGCGCAGUCUGCUGCGCUCCCCGGGGGCCGCCAUCGUUAACAUAGGCUCCGUCGUGGGCCUCUUGGAAAACGCCGGCCAGUGCGUCUACAGCGCCAGCAAAGCCGGCCUGCAGGGCUUCACGCUCUCCUUGGCGAAGGAAGUCGGCUCACGCGGCGUCAGAGUCAACCAGCAGGCUCCGGGUUUCAUCCGCACCGACAUGACCUCCGGGCUGAAGGAGGCGGCGGCGGCGGCCCGUUCCGUCCCGCUGGGGAGGUUCGGCGAGCCGGAGGAGGCGGCCCGGGCCGCUCUCAUCAUGCGGGAGUCUCCCUACGUCACGGGCCAGGUGCUGGUGGUGGACGGAGCCCUUCAGCUCGCCAUGUAGGAAGGCCUCGCCCCCUUUGAGGUCUCAAGAAGAAGCAGCCCUCGCGUGCAUUCGUCUUUGACCCUGCUGCUAACGCAGGUGAUGCACUGGAGGAUUGCACUGUUUUAACCUUCUGACGCAUCCAGAACGUCGGCAGAUUUCCUUUUGCUAUAAAAGUCAAUGUUUGUCUCAGCUGAGUAUCUGAGUGGUGUUUGCAGUGCGCAGCGAGACGCUAACGUUAGCCUAUAAAGAAACAGCUAAAGGACGCUUAGUCUCGUGGGGCGUUCACUGACCUGUUUGAAAUCAGAGGUUCAAACGCUGACAUCUCUUCUCAGACAACGUCGUGAAUCUGGACUGACGGUAACUUGUCGCGACGUCUCACAGGAUCACCGUCUUUCUGCCGAGUCGCCCUGUGCGGCCGCAGUGGGCGUGGCCUAAUGACGCCGCCGACUCCAGAGCGUCUGGCCCGGUCGCGAGGUCAGGGGAGACCCCCCCCCCCCUCACAGCCCACCUCUGGAGGGGCUGCAGCUGCAGGACGUUAGCGGCGGGAGGCAUUUUCAGCUCUGGGAAUGUUUGAGUGUCUGGUGACCGGUGGUGUGGACGGACGGGGUCAGAGGUCACGGAGAAGCUCAGACACGAUUAGAAAAUCCUCUUCCUUAAAGUGGAUUGUUUCCCCUCGUCUAUGAGAACAACGCCGGCCUCCUAAAAAACAUCUCACGCCGUCUGACAGGGUUUGUAUUUUAGUUUUUUUUAUUAACUUUUCUAACCUAAAAUAACAUCAGGAGAACAAUCCGCAUACAGGCAUCGAUUAAAGAAGAAGUGUCCACUUUGUGUAGUAAAAGGUGAGAUGGUAGAUAUAAAUACACCUUCUGCAGCUUAGUGUUCUGUCCCUCAGUACCGGGGGGGGGGGGGUACGUCCUGGAAACUGUUGUUUGGCAAUGUACAAGUGUCCAAAAGUAUCAUGCAGAGAGUUUGUGUUUGCAUUAAGCCUAAAAGUGAAUUAAAGCAGUAAAUACAUUAAAAAAACUUCAUAGUGGACAAAAGGUUCACGUACGCA